AUGAAGAAGGGUCACAGUGACUGGAGGGGAGGGGCAGCUUCUAGUAAACACAAGGCCAAGAUGUUUACCAGCUUUCUGUGUAGCAGAGAAUUGAUAGACAAAGAAACACAGGAUGAUGUUUGUGAAAACUGGAUGAUUGAGCAGCGCGCGGCGGGGAGACUCCGUGUCUGGCAGCUGAUGCUCGUUACGUUCGUUGCCUACUCUCUGCUACCGGUCAGGACCCUCUUGGUGGUUUUGUUCGGCAUCCUUGUAGCUGCGUCGCAUUUCAUCGUGACGGCGACAUCGGUAACGGCGCGUAGACCUCGCGUGUGGACACCGCUGGUAGCAAAUGCAGUGUUGCUGGUCGGCGUGAAUCUGUCUGGUGUGUUUGUGCGAGUCCUUACUGAGCGCGCCCAGAGGAAGGCCUUCCUACAGGCCAGAAACUGCAUCCAACAGCGCCUGCAACUAGAGGACGAGAACGAGAAGCAGGAACGCCUUCUCAUGAGCCUGCUGCCCAGAAAUGUUGCCAUGGAGAUGAAGGAGGACUUCCUGAAGCCACCAGAAAGAAUUUUCCAUAAGAUAUACAUCCAACGACAUGACAACGUCAGCAUCCUGUUUGCAGACAUUGUGGGCUUUACCAGUCUAGCUUCACAGUGCACAGCCCAGGAGCUGGUCAAACUGCUGAACGAGCUCUUCGGGAAGUUUGAUGAACUCGCUACAGAAAACCAUUGCAGGAGGAUUAAGAUCUUGGGAGACUGUUAUUACUGUGUGUCCGGCCUGACCCAGCCCAAAGCGGACCACGCUCACUGCUGUGUGGAGAUGGGUCUGGACAUGAUCGACACCAUCACGUCUGUUGCGGAAGCGACUGAGGUGGACCUGAACAUGCGUGUGGGUUUGCACACGGGCCGUGUGCUGUGCGGGGUUCUGGGGCUCCGCAAGUGGCAGUAUGACGUCUGGUCCAAUGAUGUGACACUGGCUAACAUGAUGGAGGCAGGAGGAUUGCCUGGGAAGGUUCAUAUCACCAGGGCAACGCUGGAAUGUCUGAAUGGAGAUUACGAGGUAGAGCCGGGAUUAGGCCACGAGAGACACGCUUUCCUUAGCAAACACGCCAUCGAGACGUUCUUCAUCGUGCCCUCACACAGACGCAAGAUUUUUCCUGGGCUGAUCCUAUCAGACAUAAAGCCAGCGAAAAGGAUGAAGUUUAAGACAGUGUGUUACCUUCUGGUGCAGCUCAUGCACUGCAGAAAGAUGUUCAAGGCUGAGAUCCCUUUCUCCAACGUCAUGACCUGUGAGGAUGAUGACAAGAGACGAGCGCUACGAACAGCUUCUGAGAAGCUGCGCAAUCGGACGUCAUUUUCGGCAGGCAUGGUGCAGAACUCUCCCGGGACCAGAGUGAACCGUUACAUCGGCCGUCUGAUAGAAGCACGACAGACAGAGUCAGAGACGGCAGACCUCAACUUCAUUACCCUCACAUACAGGAGCAGAGAGAGAGAGCAGAGAUAUCAGCAAGUGUAUGACGAUGCCUUCAUCAGUGCGGUGGUUAUCUCGCUUGUCCUCACCUCAUUUUUUGCAGUGGUCUAUUUUCUCAUCAUUCCUCAAGGUCUUCUGGUUGUGAUUCUGCUGGUUCUCUGUUUGUGUUUCCACAUGGCAAGUGUGAUGUACCUUCACAUCACUCAUGUGCAGUGCUCUCCUGACUGUCUGACCCUGCAGAUCAGAACGGUUCUGUGUGGGUUUCUGGUGCUGCUGAUGUACUCCGUGACCCAGGGGUGUGUGGUGGAAUGUGUACCGUGGUCACUGGAGGGGAAUUCCAAUGUUUCCAUGGUGCCAAUUGUCACCGCCAACGGGACCAGCGUGGGCUCCAGGGUGUGCAAAUACACUCCGUACGUAUUUUUAUCAUGUGUGAUGGCAUCGCUAUCUGUGGCUCUGUACCUCCGUGUGUCAUCACUACCCAAGAUCCUCCUGCUUCUCCUUCUCAACAUCCUCCACACUGUCGUCAUGGAGACUAGCAGCUAUCGGAAGGCCAUAGGAGGUGGAUUCUUUCACACACACAGCUAUGACCCUGUUCUGGCAAUGCUGCUGUUUUCUGGAGCUUUGGUGCUUCACUGCAGACAGCUGGAUCUCAAACUCAGACUGGACUACCUCUGGGCCACCCAGCCUGGAUCAGUGGUAUCGUCCCCUGAGGGUCUCAUGGCUCUUUGCUUUCCUGCUCUUUCACUGUUCCAGGACCUGUAUUAUCAGUCUUACUCUCAGGUGGGCGUCCUGUUCGCUUCCAUCCCCAACUUUAAUGACUUCUACAUUGAGCUGGAUGGAAACAACAUGGGUGUGGAAUGCCUCCGGCUGCUAAACGAGAUCAUCGCUGACUUUGAUGCGCUGAUGGAUAAGGAAUGCUACAGAGACAUUGAGAAGAUCAAAACUAUUGGCAGUACUUACAUGGCUGCGGUCGGACUCGUCCCCACUGAGGGAUCCAAGGUAAAGAAGUCCAUUUCUGAGCACCUGUGCACAGUGGCUGAUUUCGCCAUCGAGAUGUUUGAUGUACUGGAUGCGAUCAACUACCAGUCCUACAAUGACUUUGUGCUUCGAGUUGGUAUCAAUGUGGGUCCAGUAGUUGCUGGUGUAAUCGGGGCUCGCAGGCCUCAGUACGACAUCUGGGGAAACACAGUCAAUGUUGCCAGCAGAAUGGACAGCACUGGAGUUCAGGGAAAAAUACAGGUGACCGAGGACGUCUUCCGCCUACUCUCCGGUUAUUAUCACUUCCAGUGUCGCGGCCAGGUCAGCGUGAAGGGCAAAGGUCAAAUGCUCACCUACUUUCUGGAAGGCCGAACCACGCACACGCAAUCCAAGAGCCUCGAGCGCGGGUCGAGCCCCUGCAUCCGGACCAAACUGGGAUCAGCACCCGCUGUCAGCAGCUACGGGGUGAAAAGUCACACCGUAGGGCACGUUAGCACCCCAAACAACAGCAUUUUGUACCUGCCCUCUAUAUCCGUCGACAUGGAGAUGGAGGUGUGAUCGCCAAGAAGACGGGUUCUAUGGUGAUCAAUCGAUGCAUUAGUAAAUCAGAGGCAGGGAGGGAAACUGAGCACAAGGUAGGAGCGAGAUGAAAAACGAGGAGAGAAGAGACAGUCUUUGCACAUUCAAACGUGCCAAACCGAGAAAGGCCCUCCCCCUUCACGCAAGUACAUAAUAAGCAUGUAUGUCUUUCCAUGUCCACGUAUGCGUGUGUUUUAAUGAGUCUUCCCCGACCAACAGGAUAUCAGAGUCUCCUAAACGGGAGCAUGCGAUCUACUGCAAAAGUCAGCUUCACACCAGCCGAGGAGACACGUACCCACCGUGUGUGUGUGUGUGUGUGUGCGUGCGUCUGUGUUAUCUUGCAUCUGAAAAUGUCAAGAGAUGCCACGGCGAUGAAUAUUUUGAACAUGUGAGCGGUGAGGACCAAACGUUUCGUUUAAAACAGCGCUGUAUUUUGUACGAGACUGAGUAAGGCCAGUUUCUGAGACGACAGAACAUGUGUCGGGUUUUUCCCACCAAGACAAAGGAAAAGCUGGUUGCUCAUAUUGAGAUUUGCUUCGGAUAAAUUGUUUACAUGAAGAACACGUCACGGGUUUACAGACCUGAUAGCCAAGUUAUUCCCAGCUCUUCGGGUUUCAAGCACUCGUCUGCGGUUGCAGAGAGAGAGAGGCAGAAAUACUAAACAACCGCAGUGAAUCAGAGACUGCAAUGAUUUACUUGCGAAUGCUAACACUAUCCUGUUUUGUAAUCAUUUACAGAAAGUCGGUCGAGUCUGUGACGUGGGUAAAUGUUUAACUUUGCGUGGGUUGAAUCAGCACAGUUUUCCUGUAUGUGAUGCGUGUACGCACUUGGUGCUUGGACAAAACAUCUGUAUACACUUGCUGCUGCCCUUUGCCCUCUGGGAUAUCCUUUCCAGUAAUAACACGACAACUGAUCCCAUUGCGUUUAAUAAGCGUCAAGGAUGUGAAAUACCGAUACAAUUGAGAAGCCAGCACAAUCGAGGCUGUCACCGAUAAUACUAUUCACAAAAAGCAACCAAAUUGGCUUCCAGUAUGUAAACAAAUGGCUUAAUAUACAUUAUUCCACAUCUAUUUUGUCGGUGGUGGCACUUCGCUUUCAGAUUCUCCUAUCAACGGUUACAUCUCUCACUGUGCUUGCGGAACGAUCUUUACCACACGGUUGAACAUGCAUGAUAUUUUAGUGCUGGAUGUGUCAUGUGCUCUCUAGAGCUUAGGUUAAACAUCUGAAUUUGAGUGCAUCUGUUUCAGAGCAUGCGAACGUCUCAAACCUGCUCUCGGUUUGGAAAGCCUCACGAGCCUCAUUUCAGAUUUCAGAACGAUCUUUUGGUUUUCUUUCUGUGCUAUUACUGUAUCUUUGAUAGAUUUCCCAUGAUGCCUAGCGAAAGAAGUUUGGCUUCAAGCAUGCCGUUCUGCAUGUCCCUCUCAGCAUGCCGUAAUUCUGUCACGUCGCUCUAUUUGAUAACUGAUUUGUGUCUCUAAUGCAUGCCUACUGCAAAAACACAACCGAGGGUGAAAAGUGUCGAAGAUAUGUUGCGAAACAUGCUUUAGUAGCACUGCAUGAGCCCAGAAUAAUGACCUUGAUGAAACGAACCAUCUUUUUUCAUUAUCCGACGGCGUAUCCGCUUACCUGGUCCGUGCGUGGUGCUGUGGGGAAAGCUUUCUGGGAGUUUUGUAGCAUUGGCGCCUUGUCGAGCUCUUGAAGUGACUGCCUUUUUAUCCAGGGUCUAUUGGAGAAAGUGUAUUUCUUUGAAUAUGUGCCAACACAUACGGUUACCAACAUAUCAAACCGUGUUCUUUUCUAGCGCAACUUUGCGACAUUGUGUGCAUUCGGUUCCAUUUCGAACUUAACUCUCAUAUGGACUGAUCGGACCACGUGGGGCUCAAUGCCGACUCGCAAAUGGGCUAUUCCUUUUUAUUUUUCGACGUUUAAUUCAAGUUAAGCUAUGUAUUCAGGAAUGCUCUCUCUGAUUCUAUUUUUCGCUGCAUUUAGCUUCAUUUGCCAUGUAUGGAAUUUCGCAUAUUUAUUAACGUAAAGUAAGGAGCUGUUCAUUCGAGUUUCAUAUAUGUAGAUUUUUGGUUUUUCUUUAAUGAAUAUGAAUGCCAAAUGCCAAAAUGCUUAUCGUAUCACUGAAUAUUUCAGAUUCUAUGAUCCAACAAAUGUAGCCGAACAGCUAAAUGGUUCUAUUUGAUAUGGCUUAAUAUGAUCUAUUUUGACUACAGUGGCCUAACUUACUGCUGUUAUGAACAUUAAUGAUAUAUUAACUUUAUUAAUGCAUAAAGUGUGCACAGUAAAAUCAUAGAAUAGAUUUUCAUGUCGAUUAGAUAUUUUCAUAUUUGAUACGGGUCAAAAUUAUUGUACGUAUUAAAUAUAUUGUAGAGUAAGCGAAAAGAGUAUUUUAUUGAUGAUUUGUAAUAUUUGUGCUAUUUUUGGGGUUGCAAUGUAUUUAUUGCGAUGGUUCUAUGUGAAUGUAAAUUU